CCAGGAAACUGGCUGGGGAGUGGCACUCGCAGGCUGCAGCAAAUCUCAAAAUAAGGAGGCAACUGCCUCUCUCCUCCUCCUCCUCUCCAUCGCCCCACAGCACACCUUUCUUUUCUUUUCUGCUGCUGCUUCUUUUGUUUGAAGCCUCACGGAAGGUUUUACUUAUAGAUCAACUUUCAAAAUGUAGGAAGUCAGAAUGGGUGACAUCAUCAGAAAGAUAUGUGGAGCUGAUCUCGACAAGAAGUGAAGAACCCAGAGCAAGAAGGCGGUUAUAACUCCUGAGUCCGGGCAGUUGGCAGCGUCUGGGUUUCAGAGGAGCCAGCGCCUCCGAGUUAUCUUGAAGUGAGGCUCUGCUAAACCACUCUUCUUCUGGCUGUAUGAGCUGAAUGCUGUGACCAUUAAUUUGUUGAACCAAGACUCUGAGGCUGAUAUGCAAUGUCACUUACAACAUUAAUCAGACACUGCAUUUAAGUGCUGGUAUCAGUGGUUUGAUUUUCAGCAGAUGUGACAGUGGCCUUUGCAGUGGUCAGCUCCAGGCUUUGAACUCUCAGAGGAGGAAGGGAAAAAAAUUCAACACGCUACUUCCUUGGUUGCAGCCUCAGAGAAACCUUGGAUGAGAAACUUCUUUUUUCAAACCUGUUUUCCUGUUGAUAAAUUCAGUUCUCGUGAUCACAGUACAUUCAAGCUGUUCUGCGUAUGGUUUUGUGUGUGUGUGACAAUUGCAUCUAAAACUUGAGAGCAAGAAGACGGAGAAAUCAGUUGGUCUCCAUCGCUUUACAUAAAAAUGGCUGAAUGUCUUGUGAUGCUAGCACUGCAUUAAGUGAUACAUACAGAUCUCGAUGUGGUGGAGAUGGAGGACUCAGAACCAAGGAUUUCCAAGUGAUUUCUUCCAGAGCACGAGAAACUAACUCUGUUAAGCCUGCUCUGUUCUAACUGAGAUGACAGUCAUGUCCCUUUCCAGGGACCUCAAGGACGACUUUCACAGCGACACAGUGCUCUCCAUCUUGAAUGAGCAGCGCAUUCGGGGCAUUUUAUGUGAUGUCACUAUCAUUGUGGAAGACACCAAAUUUAAAGCCCACAGCAAUGUCCUGGCUGCUUCAAGCCUUUAUUUCAAAAAUAUCUUUUGGAGCCAUACCAUCUGUAUUUCCAGCCACGUCCUGGAGCUGGAUGAUCUCAAAGCCGAAGUGUUUACAGAAAUCCUUAAUUAUAUCUACAGCUCCACAGUCGUCGUCAAGAGACAAGAAACAGUCACUGACCUUGCAGCUGCAGGAAAAAAGCUGGGAAUAUCCUUCUUGGAAGAUCUUACCGAUCGCAACUUUUCAAAUUCCCCAGGUCCUUAUGUAUUCUGCAUUACCGAAAAGGGAGUGGUUAAAGAAGAAAAAAAUGAAAAAAGGCAUGAAGAACCAGCCAUCACUAAUGGGCCAAGGAUCACAAAUGCAUUUUCCAUCAUCGAAACAGAAAAUAGUAAUAACAUGUUUUCUCCACUGGACUUGAGGGCAAGUUUCAAAAAGGUCUCCGACUCCAUGAGAACCACCAGCCUUUGCCUGGAGAGGACUGACGUCUGCCCCGAGGUGGAGCCCGUGCGCACCCUCGCCGAGCACUCCUACGCCGUGUCUUCCGUGGCUGAGGCUUACAGAAGUCUGCCUGUACGGGAACGGGACAGCAGUUCACCUGGGAAAACAGGUAAAGAAAACUGCGAAGCUGUUGCAGCAAAACCGAAAACAUGCCGAAAGCCAAAGACACUCUCCGUACCCCAGGAUUCGGACUCACCUCCAGAAAAUAUACCCCCCGCUCCAGCAGCCAACUUGGAAAUGAAUCAAGAAGGAAGUCCACAGCCAGCUGCAAUUCUUUCCCUUUCAAAAUCUCCCAACAACAACGAAGGAGAGGUCCAUUUUCCCAGGGCAGAUGAAAAUAAAUCCUCUGAUGUCCCCACCCUGCCAGCCACAGAGGUGCCGCCUCUCAUUUACAAUUGUAGCUGUUGUUCCAAGUCUUUCGACAGUAGCACUUUGCUCAGCGCCCACAUGCAGCUUCACAAGCCAACCCAGGAGCCCUUGGUGUGCAAGCAUUGCAACAAACAGUUCAGCACCCCCAACAGACUGGACCGGCACGAGCAGAUCUGUAUGAGGUCAAGCCACAUGCCCGUUCCUGGAGGGAAUCAGCGCUGCUUAGAAAACUAUCCCACCAUUGGGCAGAAUGGAGGUGCAUUCACAGGCCCAGAACCUUUAUUAUCUGAGAAUAGGAUUGGUGAAUUUUCCAGUCCCGGAAGUACCUUGCCAGAAACAGAACACAUGGUUAAAUUUGUUAACGGGCAAAUGCUCUACAGCUGCGUAGUAUGCAAACGUAGUUAUGUGACUUUAUCCAGCCUCCGAAGACAUGCCAAUGUUCACUCGUGGAGAAGAACGUACCCUUGCCAUUACUGCAACAAAGUAUUUGCAUUGGCCGAGUACAGGACAAGACAUGAGAUUUGGCACACAGGAGAAAGGCGGUAUCAGUGCAUUUUCUGCCUGGAAACGUUCAUGACCUACUAUAUACUCAAAAACCACCAGAAGUCUUUCCAUGCCAUCGAUCAUAGACUUUCCAUCAGUAAAAAAACAGCAAACGGGGGCUUGAAGCCUAGUGUCUAUCCAUAUAAGCUUUAUAGGCUCCUUCCCAUGAAAUGCAAGAGGGCUCCUUACAAGAGCUACCGACAUUCUUCCUAUGAAAAUACUCGAGAAAACAGUCAGAUGAACGAGUCUGCACCUGGUCCCUAUGUUAUUCAGAACCCACACGGCGCUGAAUUGCCUACUCUGAAUUUCCAAAACAGUGUAAGCACCUUGACCAACAGUCCAGCCAUCCCACUGGAAACACCAGCACGUCAGGAUGUACCCACUCCCACCAGUGGGCAAAACGCAGAGGGUACCAAAUGGGGAGAGAGGGGAGAGUUGAAAGUUGAUCUGGACAAUAACUUUUAUUCAGCAGAGGUGUCAGUUUCUUCCGCUGAAAAUGCCGUCAGUUCGGGCCCCCGGGCGGGGGACGUGCCCGUUUUGUCUGUGAGUAACGGCAGUGAGAACUCCACCUCUGUGAUCAGCUACAGUGGCUCAGCCCCCUCGGUCAUCGUGCACAGCAGCCAGUUUUCAUCGGUGAUUAUGCACAGCAACGCCCUUGCUGCCACAAGCAGCCAUAACCCCAGAGCCCCUUCAGACCUGGCUGGCAGUCAGACCCCGAAAGACGAUGGCAAACCCGAGCCAGACAAAGUGGGGAGGGUUGUCAGCAGACCCAAGAGCGUGAAGGAAAAAAAGAAAACCAUCCUGUGUAACAGGGGAGAAGUACCAGAGGAGUCCAGAUACAUUGCUGAUCCUGGAGGGUCGUUGAGCAAAACCACAAAUAGCAUUCAAGAAACUAGUAAAAUUGAAACUUAUAUCGCAAAGCCUGCUCUCCCGGGAACCUCCACAAACAGCAACGUCGCGCCCCUUUGCCAGAUAACGGUGAAAAUCGGGAACGAAGCCAUUGUGAAAAGGCACAUCCUAGGAUCUAAAUUGUUCUAUAAAAGAGGGAGGAGGCCCAAGUACCAAAUGCAGGAGGAGGCUCCGCCCCGAGAGAGUGAACAGGAAACCAACAGAGACAGCCCGAUCGGGCUCUGCCAGUCCGAGUGUGUGGAGAUGAGUGAGAUGUUUGACGAUGCCAGUGACCAGGAUUCCACGGACAAACCAUGGCGCCCUUACUACAACUACAAACCCAAAAAGAAAUCCAGACAGUUGAGAAAAAUGAGGAAAGCCAACUGGAGGAAGGAGCAUGAGAACAGGAGCCCGAGCAGCAAAUGUAAAUACCCGGCCGAACUGGACUGCGCAGUGGGGAAGGUUCCCCCGGAGAAGGCCUUCGAGGAAGAAGAAAAUAAAGAGAUGCCCAAGUUGCAGUGUGAACUCUGCGACGGAGACAAAGCCUCGGGGGCUGGGAAUCAAGGGAGGCCCCACCGGCAUCUCACGGCCAGGCCUUAUGCGUGUGAGCUCUGCUCCAAGCAGUUCCAGAGCCCCUCCACCCUGAAGAUGCACAUGAGGUGUCACACGGGAGAGAAGCCGUACCAGUGCAAGACCUGCGGACGGUGCUUCUCGGUGCAAGGCAACCUACAGAAACACGAGCGCAUCCACCUGGGCGUGAAGGAGUUCGUCUGCCAGUAUUGCAACAAGGCCUUCACGUUGAACGAGACCCUCAAGAUCCACGAAAGGAUCCACACUGGCGAAAAGCGAUACCACUGUCAGUUCUGCUUUCAGAGUUUUUUGUACCUCUCCACGAAAAGGAAUCACGAGCAGAGGCAUGUCCGGGAGCAUGAUGGGAAGGGCCAUGCCUGCUUCCAGUGCCCCAAAAUUUGCAAAACAGCUGCUGCGCUUGGAAUGCACCAGAAGAAACACUUAUUCAAAAGCCCAAGCCAGAGGGAGAAGACAGAAGGUGACACGGGCCACGAGAACUCAGAUCCCCUGGAGAAUCCACAUUUCAUUGAUUCAGAAGACAAUGACCAAAAGGAUAAUGGACAAACCGUUGUUGAUAAUGUCCUUUGAAUGGUGAUACUUAGAAAAAUCUUCGAAACUAUAAGUUGGUGGGUUUGGGUUUUUCGGUUUUUUUUUUGUUGUUGUUGUUGUUGUUUUUAAGUUAGCCGUUUUCUUUUGUUUCUGUUUAAUUUUGUUCACAUAACAGUCAUGAAGGAGUGAAAUGUUAACAAAGAAAAUCUCAUUUGUGAAAAUUCCAGAAAAAGGAUCCUAAUAUCUACUUUGGGUUUUAGCAUUAACUUCAUGCAAAGUACACAAAAACAAAGUAGCUGAAUCUUCCAAUAUCCCAAGUGACCUGUGAAAGUUUAUGAAGUUCUCAGCUAUGAUAUUUCUGCCAGUCGGGGGAAAGAAAAGAGUUUCAUUUUAGCGUAAUUUAAAACUUUCUAAUAAGUGCUAAUAGGAACUGGCUGCUGAACUGUCUUUAGUCACUGGAGAAAAUAAGUGUCAGAUGUCAUGAAAAUGUCAUCUUCAUAAAUAAGUUCAAAGGUAAAUGAGCUAUGACAGUCAUUAUUCCCAACCAGCUUCUAUUAAAAUUGUUUAAAUUAAUGGAUACAUAUGAAAUAAUAUAGUUGAAAAUAUGUGUGAAACGAGUAACCCGAGUAGGACAUUCGUACGUUAUCUAGAACUACUUUUCUGCAACACAAACCUUGUAAAAUACAUAUAUAAAUCACUCUAACUUUUAACUGUCCAUGUCCCCUGUAGUGAAUUAUAAUGAUGAGCAAUAGAUCUGCAAAUAAUGAGGACUGAUGUAAAAAUCAGUAGAAAGCAUUUUGAAUAUUACUUAAGAGCAUGUGUAUGCUUUUAGAUGGAAUGCUGUUCUCUUGAAGUUAUGGCUGAGCUGUUAUUAGAACUGGUCUACUCAAGUCACAGAAAACAUAGGUCAUGCCUUAUCCAUGGGGGAGAGCCUUCCCAGAAGUUACCUGUGGUUACCUGUGCUGUGCUGUAUAUUACUCUUCAGUGGCCUCACUUCAGAAAAUGAAGAAAGGCCAGAUUCUUCUGAAACUCCCUGCAGUCUUCCAUCCACCACAAGGCCAUGGACAUGGAGGUCUUUCCAGAUAGAUUUAACCAGUCUCAAGGGUUCAAGUAAAACCUGACGCCUUCCAUGCCACUGAAGGAGUGUCCAGGAAAUUUAGCGCAAAGCAUGUGUAUGGUGGUGAAUUCCCAGGCACUUGAAAGUGACAGAAAGCCCAGUCCCUACAGUUGUUAGCCUUCUUGGAGAUUAUAUUUACAUACUAUUUAAAAAAAAAAAAAAAGGACAAGACACACACACACACACACACACACACACACACACACACACACCCCCGCCCCAGGCAUUAAUGACUUGAGGACGCAGAGGGAGUGAUGACCUUCCUUGCCUCGAACAGAGCUGUGUCUUUGCGGGGUGGGGAGACAGAAUGUGGAGUGACAAGGUUCCAUCACUUACUUAUAUGACUCAGAAAUACAUCCACAAACCAGAUGCCUUGCCUUUAUGUUUGCAGAUAUCUAGCCCGCUUGCUAAAAACCACUUCCAUUUUCAAUGUUCUUUUAUGCUGACCCACACCAUCAACACUGCCCUCAAAACCUAACUGCCCUAUAGGGUAUUCCGUCAUGUGGACUAGGUUCCUGGGAGGCUGGAAGUCAUGAUUCUUACUUUUUAAACUGCCAGAAUAGGAGAGAGAGAGAAAACACUCUUACCCUUCGAUGACCAGUACGUGCAGAAUCUGGGACCCGGUUCAAGGAUGACCUGCAGCCGUUCAUGUUCAUGGGAUGUGAUAGCUGGAAAACGCAAGAUUACCCAAGGUCGCGAGGUUGCCAUUGUGAAGCAGUAGCUCAAAGGACUCCAGGUUCUCUCUUCAAGCGUUGUGAUAUCUCCAUGAAGAAGACUUAAUAAGGAUUGGGGUGGGCAAGAAAGCAUUUAAACACCCAGAAAAGGACAUGAUCAAAGCUGACCUUUUUAUACUGUAGUACUUUGCUGUUAAAUAACCCCAAUAUUGUAUUUGCGUUUAUCUUUUGUUCAUCUGCUUUCACUUACAAACAGUAUUAUGUAAUAGAGGAAAAUGGAAAAAUGCAAACGAGUUCAACUUUUAUUUUAUACAUUGUAUAUAUGUAUACCUGCACUAUCCAUUUGGGUUUUGUUAAAAAGAUAGUUGCAAAGGGCUUAUGAAUUUUUGAAUUGAUAAUUAGAAAAUUGAAUAAGCAAUCCUGUGAUCUACUAAUUUGUUUUAUCUCAAUUAGGCUUAUGAAUCGAGGAGAAUUACUGUGCGUUUCAGUCACUUUGAUUUGAGGUAACUCCAAAUAUAAAAUUAUUACAUGUACUGAUGUCUCCCAGCCCUUCCAUGUGGAUAUUUUUUAAGUGGACUUGUAUGCUGAUAAUUCUAGACCAAAGUAAAUAUGGCAGAAUAUUUAUACAUGAAAAAAUAAUUUUGCAAAUAUUUUCUAUAAUUGUAUUAUUCGUUUAAAAUGUUGAUAGCUUGUGUUAGUUUCAGGGAGGGGUGUAUAUUUUGAUAAAAAAAAUACUUGACUUUGUAAUUCUGUAUAUUCUAUACAAUUUAUAGCAGAGCCGUUUUAAGACAGCCUCGUCGCAUUUUUUGUUAAUUGUGAAAAUUUUAUUCUAAGUGAUGUUUAUGCAUUGAGUACAUAACGACCAACUAGAAUUAAAGUAAGUGUGAACAGUGAACAUACUGUAUGCUGUACAAGAUAUAUUGUAAUUUGCUGUUUUAGCAUCUGUAUUUUGGUUAGAAGAUAUUAUUAAAUACAGAUGUUAAGGGUUGGAAAAGUCUAAUUUUAUUUUUAGAACUAAUGGAUAUAAAUUUGUUUUUGCUUGAUUAAAAUAGCUUAUUCCUAUGUUGUCUCUUUUUAAACGUUUUAGUGUUAAUUAUUUUGUGCAGCCAAGCAGCUAUUUCAUCUGUGUGAGUCGCAGCAUUGUUCCACAUAUGAGUCAUUCAAUAUAUUUCUGUUUCCUUUCUUGUUUACAUUCCAUGGUACCUGCUUACAUGCUUAGGACUCAAAUGGAAUAUGACAUUAAAAAAAAAGCAGAAUAAAAGAGACGGAACUCUUGUUCUCAUUUAGUGCUUUGGAUAGGCCUGAUCUUAUGAUAAAUCAGAGUGUUGGAAGUAUUCUGCUCUGGACAUCCACAGAAAACACAUUACACUUAUUAACUACCAGGUAUUCUUUCCAUGGGCUAUUUCAUUCAGUCCUUUCCCGGCAACCUUAGGAAGUAGACUUCAUUAUCUGCAUUUUAUAGUGACAUUGAGCAGUUCCCACAGCCAGACAGUGCCAGGAUCGCAUCCCAGGGCUGCCUGACUCCAGAGCCCAUGUUUUUGUUCCUUCUCCGCAUCUUAGAGGGAAAUGCUUAAUGUAAACUCAACGGAGAGUGAGGAAAAGAGACCCGCUUGUGAUGCAGCUUGUGAUGGUAGUUGUCACAAUGACAGCUGUCAAGAGGCUCAUCCUCCCUGGACUCAACUCUCAUUUAUUCAGUGAGGCCCCAGUACUUUGGGCAUUUGGUUUCUCUUAUAUUUGAG